AUGGAACCGCAGGUUACUUUAAAUGUGAGUUUUAAAAAUGAAACUCAAAGCUUUCUGGUUUCCGAUCCAGAAAAUACAACUUGGGCUGAUGUCGAAGCUAUGGUAAAAGUUUCAUUUGAUCUGAACACUAUUCAGAUAAAAUACCUGGAUGAGGAAAAUGAAGAGGUAUCCAUCAACAGUCAAGGAGAAUACGAAGAAGCACUUAAGAUGGCAGUUAAGCAGGGAAACCAACUUCAGAUGCAAGUCCAUGAAGGCUACCGUGUUGUUGAUGAAGCUCCACCCCCAGUUGCAGCAGAAAAACAGCCAGUUUCGAGGACAGGGAAAAAGCCACUGGCACAUUAUUCUUCACUGAUGAGAGCCUUGGCUUCAGACAUGAAGACUCCAGAGGAACCUGCAGCACAGCAGUUUCCGCUUGCUCCAUCUGAUGCAGACCAGCGUCAAAACAGGCCCCCCGACUGGUUCACAAGCUACCUGGAGACAUUCAGAGAGCAAGUGGUUAAAGAAACUGUUGAGAAACUUGAACAGAAGUUACAUGAGAAGCUUGUCCUCCAGAACCCAUCCUUGGGCUCCUGUCCCUCAGAAGUCUCAAUGCCUAUUUCAGAGGAAACACUGUUUUUGCCAGAAAACCAGUUCAAUUGGCAUAUUUCUUGUAGCAGCUGUCAAAGGAGGAUCUUUGGUGUGCGCUACCAGUGCAGCCUGUGCCCAUCCUACAACAUCUGUGAAGAUUGUGAAUCAGGGCCCUAUGUCCAUGACUCCAACCAUGUCCUGCUGAAGUUGAGGAGACCUGUUGUGGGUUCCUCAGAGCCGUUCUCUCACUCGAGGUUCUCUACUCCUCGUCUUCCUGCUGCUCUGGAACAAGCCAGGCUCCAGAAGCAGGUUGACAAGAAUUUUCUUAAAGCAGAAAAGCAGAGAUUGCGAGCUGAGAAGAAACAGCGUAAAGCAGAGGUCAAGGAACUUAAAAAGCAGCUUAAACUCCGCAGGAAGAUUCAUCUGUGGAAUUCCAUCCAUGGACUCCAGAGCCCCAAGUGUCCCUUGGGCCGACCUGAGGGCCUCCCACAGGCUAACACCCUGAUGCUCCCUUUGCAGCCCUGUGCCCCAGUUAUGCCAACCCUCAGUGCAGCGUUUGUGGAUGAGAAUUUGCCUGAUGGGACUCACCUUCAGCCAGGAACCAAGUUUAUCAAACACUGGAGGAUGAAAAAUACAGGAAAUGUAAAGUGGAGUGCAGAUACAAAGCUCAAGUUCAUGUGGGGAAACCUAACUAUGGCUUCGACAGAAAAGAAGGAUGUUUUAGUCCCCUGCCUCAAGGCUGGCCACGUGGGAAUUGUGUCUGUGGAGUUCAUUGCCCCAGCCUUGGAGGGAACAUACACUUCCCACUGGCGGCUUUCCCACAAAGGCCAGCAGUUUGGACCUCGGGUCUGGUGCAGUAUCAUAGUAGAUCCUCUCUGCUCCACAGAAAGCUCUGGUAACAUUGAAAAGGGCAUGAUUAACUCAAGCACAACUGAUGAUCUCAUCUGCCAGCAAGAGGAAACUUUUCUUCUGGCUAAAGAAGAAAUUCAGCUUGGGGCAACUGAACAUACAGAAGGGACAGGAGCCUACCUCCCACAGAAGACAACAACUGUUGCCAGCGAGAGGGAGCUCUACAUCCCAUCUGUGGACCUUUUAACUGCCCAGGAUCUGCUGUCCUUUGAGCUGUUGGAUAUAAACAUUGUCCAAGAAUUGGAGAGAGUGCCCCACAACACCCCUGUGGAUAUGACUCCCUGCAUGUCUCCUCUGCCACAUGACAGCCCUUUAAUAGAGAAGCCAGGCUUGGGGCAGAUACAGGAAGAAAGUGAAGGGGCGGGACUUAAAACUCUCUCUGAUUCCACAGCAUCGGUAAAGAGGAGGGCUGAGAAGAUUACUUCAGUGGAGGAGGCAGAAGAUGAUCUGAGUGGGACCCAGUUCGUGUGUGAGACUGUAAUCCGAUCCCUUACCUUGGAUGCUGCCCCAGAUCACAACCCACCUUGCAGACAGAAGUCUCUGCACAUGAAAUUUGCCUCACAUGAAGAGGGACCACUUGGAGAUGAGAGAGAGGAGAUGGUCCAUAUCUCUGAGGAAGAAGCUAUUGUGGAGGAGGAAGAAGAGGAUGAGGAGGAUGAGCUCAAAGAUGAAGUUCAGAGUCAGUCCUCUGCUUCUUCAGAGGAUUACAUCAUCAUCCUGCCUGAAUGCUUUGACACCAGCCGCCCCCUGGGGGACUCCAUGUACAGCUCUGCCCUCUCACAGACAGGCCUGGAGCGAGGGGCUGAAGGCGAGCCUGGGAUUGAGGCUGGCCAGGAACCAGUUGAGGCUGGAGAAACACCCCCUGGAGGGGAGAGCCAGCCGCAGGGGUACAGCAUCAGUGACAUCCUCAUGACCUCACAGACUCUGGACACAGUGCCCCUCACCCCAGAGGUGGUGGGCCCCCCACCACGGCUGCCCAGGAGCCCUCCUUGUGCACAGCAUCUUGGCUCCCCAGGAGUGGAUUUACCAGUUACCAUACCAGAAGUUUCUUCAGUCCCUGAUCAGAUCAGAGGAGAGCCCAGAGGCUCAUCAGGACUUGUAAACAGCAGACAGAAGAGCUAUGACCACUCAAGGCACCACCACCAUGGGAGCAGCAUUGCUGGGGGACUGGUGAAGGGGGCCUUGUCAGUUGCUGCUUCUGCAUACAAGGCCUUGUUUGCUGGACCACCAGUCACUGCACAGCCAAUAGUUUCUGAAGACCAGACAGCAGCGCUGAUGGCCCAUCUCUUUGAAAUGGGAUUCUGUGACCGGCAGCUGAACCUGAGGCUGCUGAAGAAACACAACCACAACAUCCUGCAGGUUGUGACAGAACUUCUUCAGGUCAACAACAACGACUGGUACAGCCACCGCUAUUGA